AUGGAAAAUAUAAGUAACAACUUUCAUUCCCAACUUCAAUUCAAUCAAUUAAAUUAUCAUCAAGUACCCCAAUCAUUCCAUCAAGGGGUUAAUUUUGAAGGAAAUCGUCAACAUCAACAAUAUUUGACAAAUUUAACCCAACAAUUUCAAAAUAUUCCAAAUCAACAAAUUCCCCAUCCUUAUUUCUUUAAUCCUUAUAAUCCUAUAAAUCAUUCAGGUGUUGGACCUUCACAAACAAAUUUAAUUACACCAAAUGAAGAUCCAAAUAAUUAUACAAACAUUGGAAAUUCAAAAGCUUCAGAAAUGUCGGAAAAAGCUAAAGGAAAAUUACCAUUUAAUGGAAGUAAAUGA